UGACAUCACAGCAGCCUCAGCAUGGCGGUCAAGUUUACAAAGAGAGCUGAUCCCUUUGAGCUAAAGAAUAUAUUUCUCCAGUAUGCCAGUGUGGAGAAAGAUGGAGAGAAUUACAUGACACCGUCGGACUUUGUGCAGAAAUACCUUGGACUGCACAGUGAUCCACAUUCUAACCCUAUGACUGUUGAGUUAUUGGGGGGAGUAGCUGAUCAGACCAAAGAUGGGUUAAUCUCCUUUCAAGAGUUUUUGGCCUUUGAGUCAGUGUUGUGUGCCCCCGAUGCCAUGUUCAUUGUUGCUUAUCAGUUAUUUGAUAAGAGCGGCAUUGCAGAAGUAACAUUUGAAAAUGUUAAGGAAAUCUUUGGACAGACCAUGAUUCACCACCAUAUCCCUUUCAACUGGAACUGUGAAUUUAUUCGGCUUCAUUUUGGGCACAAUAGGAAGAAAAACCUUUCUUAUUUGGAAUUCACUGAGUUUCUCCAGGAGCUGCAGCUGGAACAUGCAAGGCAGGCAUUUGCUCAGAAAGACAAGAACAAAACUGGAAUGAUAAGCGCAUUAGAUUUCAGCGAUAUUAUGGUGACUAUAAGAUCACACAUGCUCACUCCAUUUGUGGAAGAAAAUCUUGUUUCGGCAGCAGGAGGUACCAUUUCUCACCAAGUGAGCUUCUCCUAUUUCAAUGCUUUUAAUUCGUUGCUCAACAACAUGGAGCUUGUACUAAAGAUAUAUAGCACCAUAGCCGGCUCUAGGAAGGACUUGGAGGUCACAAAAGAGGAAUUUGCCCAUGCUGCAAACAAAUUUGGACAGAUCACUCCACUGGAGAUUGACAUCCUCUUCCAGCUCUCUGAUUUGUUCAAUGCUACUGGACGCCUGAUGCUGGCAGAUAUUGAAAGAAUAGCACCUCUAGAGGAAGGGGCAUUGCCAUACAAUCUUGCUGAACUCCAGAGACAGCAAUCAUACAGUGAUGCAGGGAGGCCUAUCUGGCUCCAGGCUGCUGAGUCUGCCUACAGAUUUACUUUGGGUUCAAUUGCUGGAGCUGUUGGUGCUACUGCCGUUUACCCUAUUGAUCUGGUGAAGACCCGGAUGCAGAACCAGAGAUCAUCAUUUGUAGGAGAGUUAAUGUAUAAGAACAGUUUCGACUGUUUUAAGAAAGUCUUACGCUAUGAGGGUUUCUUCGGACUUUACAGAGGUCUGCUACCCCAGCUCGUAGGAGUUGCCCCAGAAAAGGCUAUUAAAUUGACGGUCAAUGAUUUUGUCCGAGACAAGUUUACUCAAAAAGAUGGCUCUAUUCCUCUGUUUGCAGAAAUAAUGGCAGGUGGCUGUGCGGGAGGCUCCCAAGUCAUUUUCACAAACCCGCUGGAGAUUGUAAAGAUUCGCUUACAGGUCGCAGGAGAGAUCACAACGGGGCCGAAAGUCCGUGCCCUUACCGUGCUGCGUGACUUGGGAUUCUUUGGUCUAUAUAAAGGUGCCAAAGCUUGCUUUCUCCGUGACAUCCCAUUCUCCGGCAUCUACUUUCCUGUUUAUGCGCACUGCAAAACCAUGUUUGCAGACGAGCAUGGGCACAUUGGAGCACUUCAGCUUCUGACAGCUGGCGCUGUUGCAGGUGUCCCAGCAGCCUCUCUGGUGACCCCUGCCGAUGUCAUCAAGACCAGACUUCAGGUGGCUGCUCGAGCUGGACAGACCACCUACACUGGGGUUAUUGAUUGCUUCAGAAAGAUACUAAAAGAGGAAGGAGCUAAAGCGUUUUGGAAGGGAGCAGGAGCUCGAGUGUUUCGCUCCUCCCCUCAGUUUGGUGUCACCCUGCUCACCUAUGAAAUGUUGCAGCAAUGGUUUUAUGUUGAUUUUGGAGGAAUCAAACCUGCCGGCGUUGAGCCUUCUCCAAAGACCAGAAUCUCUGACCUUCCUCCAGCAAAUCCAGAUCAUAUUGGUGGAUACAGACUGGCAACAGCAACAUUUGCUGGAAUAGAGAACAAGUUUGGCCUUUACCUGCCUAAGUUUAGGUCUCCCGAAAUGGCAGCACCACAGCCCAAGCCUGUAUAACAUGUCAUCACCGGGUGCAAUCUAAGCAGUAUUUAAAGAAGCAACACUACGGUAUCUGUCUGGUCAAUGCAUGUGGGUUUGAGGGAACCUCUUGUCCAGGUCACACUUUAUUUAAGUAUAGUCAUUUGUUGAUGCACAAACCACUUGUUUGCACAGAAGAGAUUGAAGCUUGAUUUCAGCCGCUUUAUUUCAGCACAAGGAACGGGGGUAAGUACUGUAUCCCGUGGCUCCCAGAGCCCUCUGAUUGGCUAGCUGGGCCCAGGCACAGUAUCUGUACACCCCAUGUAGAAUGUGUUCUGUUUUCCUUCAGAGGGAAUGCCUUGUUUUUCAUAGAUGUUGCUUUACUCAGCUUUGCACUUACCGUUACUGUACAUAUUGUACAUCUGUACAGAGACAUCAUGGCACAUACUCUGUUCCUCUGGCUAAAAGGGGUGGCAGCAAAUGUACAGGAAACCUUGAAAGUGUUUUAUUACAAACAAAGGGGCAAUAUAUUGCAUUAAAUUAUAUUUCAGUUCAUAUAUUGUUUUCUCAUAUUGACGUAUUUUAUGGAAAUAAACCAUCAAUAUAUGAUGUGUCAUCA